CCCGUACCACUUACCCAAUUAAUAUUGCUAAAGAGGAGAGGAUCAGGAUAGAACCAAAGUCGUUAUUUCGUUAACCCAUUCUCAUAUCAUUAAUAGCAAUUUUCAAUUCAUCAUUUUGUCACAUAGUAUAGUACUUCUCUGCUCCCACCUCGUGCUCUCUCCAUGUGCAAAGCGUGAACACCUUCAACUCAAUAAUGAUUCAUUUGUAGUCUCUUUCAUUAUUCUUUCCCAGUUUUAACUCUCUUUCUCUCUCUGUUCAUUUUUUCACUUUUAACGAUGGAGCCUUUGCUUCGAGGCGAAAGCAGUGGCGGUUUAAGAAACCGUUCGCGAGGGAUAGUCCGUCGCUCCGAUGCUAUCACCUACGGUUCUAACUACGAAAAAGCCGCCGCUCUCAUCGAUCUGGCUGAAGAUGGUGUUGGUAUACCUGAGCAGCUUCUGGAUUCAUCAGACUUUCAAAGUUAUUCAAAAUUUUAUUUUUGGUUCACUAAAUUCGAUCUCCUCUGGUCUCUUAGUUAUUUUGCUCUGAUAGUCCUGAAUUUCCUGGAGAAACCUCUAUGGUGCGAAAAGAAUGCCACACAUUCUUGCCAAGAUAGAGAGUAUUACUUUUUGGGAGAGUUGCCAUAUCUAACUGCUGCAGAAUGUAUUAUUUAUGAGGGAAUAUGUCUUGUUUUGCUAAGCAUUCAUACUUUCUGGCCGUUAUCAUACGAAGGGUCCCGUAUAUAUUGGAGAAGUCCUAUUAAUUUAUUGAAGGCCUUCUGUCUGUUAGUUAUCCUUGCUGAUAUGCUGGUUUAUGCUCUGUAUAUGUCUCCAGUGGCUUUUGAUUUUCUACCUUUCAGAAUUGCACCGUAUAUCAGAGUUGUUCUUUUCGUUCUGAAUAUUAGGGAGCUACGAGAAACUGUCGUCAUCGUGGCUGGAAUGCUUGACACAUACUUAAAUAUAUUGGCUUUGGGGCUUCUGUUUCUUGUUUUUGCAAGUUGGGUGGCUUAUGUGAUUUUUGAAGAUACAAUACAGGGGAAAACAGUAUUCACUUCCUUUAGUGCAACAUUAUAUCAGAUGUUUCUUUUAUUUAACACAGCCAAUAAUCCAGAUGUUUGGGUUCCUGCAUACAAGUCUUCACGUUCGUCUAUCCUGUUUUUUGUUCUGUUUGUGCUGAUUGGAGUUUACUUUGUAACAAACUUGAUUCUUGCCGUUGUUUACGAUAGUUUCAAGAGUGAGCUUGUAAAACAAGUUUCUGAGAUGGAUCGUAUGAGAAGAGCUAUGUUGGAGAAAGCUUUCAAUCUCCUAGAUACACAUAAAAUUGGAUAUCUCAACAAAGAUCAAUGUAUUAGGCUAUUCGAGGAGGUGAACAAGUACAGGACUUUGCCGAAAAUCUCCAAGGAAGAAUUUGGGUUAAUAUUUGAUGAGCUGGAUGACACUCAUGAUGUAAAGAUCAAUAAGGAUGAAUUUGCUGAUAUUUGCAAUGCCAUUGCUCUAAGAUUCCAGAAGGAGGAUGUGCUUUCUUACUUUGACUAUUUAGGAAUCUACCAUUCACCCACCUCAAAGAGAUUGAAAGCCUUCGUAAAGAGCACCAUGUUUGGAUACAUAGUGACCUUUGUUCUUAUACUGAAUCUGGUUGCCGUAAUUAUUGAGACAACGCUUGAUGUAGAAGAUAGUUCUGCUCAAAAAGCGUGGCAAGUGGUUGAGUUCACUUUUGGGUGGAUAUAUGUGAUGGAAAUGAUACUAAAGGUUUAUUCAUAUGGAUUCGAAAACUAUUGGCGGGAUGGUCAAAAUCGCUUUGAUUUUGUGAUCACGGUGACAAUUGCCAUUGGAGAAACUAUAGAUUUUGCUUCACCUGAUGAUGGUCUGCCACUUUUCACAAAUGGAGAAUGGAUUCGUUACCUCCUUCUUGCAAGAAUGUUGAGAUUGAUAAGGCUCCUGAUGUAUGUUAAGCGAUUCCGAAGUUUUGUGGCAACUUUCUUAACUCUUAUACCAAGUUUGAUGCCAUACCUCGGGACCAUAUUUUGCAUCUUGUGUAUUUAUUGCUCACUUGGUCUCCAGAUUUUUGGUGGAAUAGUUAAUGCUGGAAACCCAGAUUUGGAAGCGACAGACCUUGCUGCUAAUGACUAUUUACUUUUCAAUUUCAAUGAUUAUCCAAAUGGAAUGGUGACACUAUUCAAUUUGCUAGUCUCGGAUGGAGUAUGGGAAGAAUUGAUGGAGAGCUAUAAAGAUUUAACUGGAACUUCCUGGACCUAUGUGUACUUCAUUAGCUUCUACUUAAUUACAGUUUUGCUGCUUUUGAAUUUGAUUAUUGCUUUUGUCUUGGAGGCAUUCUUUGCUGAAAUAGAACUUGAGGAAGCAGAAACUGGUGAUGGAAAUGACAAGGAAGUUGCGGGGGAAAGAUAUCCAAGGCGGCGAGCUCUUGGAACAAAAUCACGAAGCCAGAGGGUUGACGCUCUUCUUCAUCAUAUGCUGAGUGCUGAGCUGGGUCAAAAUCAGACUUCCAGUACAUAAAUCUGAGUAUAUUGAUUUCAAGGAUGCACAAAGGAGCCACAUUAUUCUGUAAAGUUUGUAAAAGGAUCUUUCAUGUGCUAUAUCUCCCGUGUUGUUAUGCUAUUUGAUUGACUCGGUACGGAACGAGGGAAAGCAGUGCAUUUUGAGUAACUCCAGUAAUCUGUGGAUCAGGUCAAACGUGAUUUUUCUGUUAUUUGUGGAAAAAGCACACGAUCAAAUGCAAUUGAGAAGCUUGUGCGGAAUGAGAAUAAAUCACGAAUAGCAGGAUGUUAUAUAUUCCACGGGGCUUCUAGGUGUUUUCCGAUUAGUGUGCUGUAGACCUUUUAUUUGUUUGAUUUUUAUAAUCCUUUCUGGAUUUGAUGUUCUGUAUAGCCUUGUAUUUGUACUACCAAUACAAUUUGGUGAGAGUGCUAACUGUUAGAAGUUAUCUUUUUUUCUUUUCGUGAAGAAAACUCUCGUGAGAGAUAGCAUUACUCUUUUAUUUAAUUAAAUUUCACAAA